CUUCCAUCACAAAAUCCUUCCAACUGCGUAAACUUCCUUUCUAUUUAUGUAAAGGAAGGCAUCUUCUCCAACUGCCCAGGCCACACCACCAGCAGCAGCUACUGUUCAAAGAGAAAGACUACUACGAGAAGUCGACAACUACUUAGUACUACGGCACUAUUCAAAUAGCUUCCCCCAGUAUCGACGACGGCACAACACUUGCUGGUACUGUAAUUUCCGAACCGACCUUGCUCUUCUGCCGCCAUAGACCACCUGGAAAACAAUUUCCAUAUUCCUCUCGUUUCAUUGCUUUUCGUACACCAUCAUCUCUAUCUAUCUUUCUCAUUUGCUGCUCCUUUUUCUUUUUUUUUUUUUCAUGUCAACGCAUCCCACUUACAGCAUUCUUGUUCCGCUGCAGUCCCUUCGCUGCUCUGUUUCACCAUUUUUCUACCCUCUCCAAUUACUCUCUAAUCGCCCUCCAUCAUUCACUGGACAAAUUCCACUGGGAAUAAAUUCCCAGAGAUAUCAUCCAUAUUCAAGAAUUUUUUAAGGGCUUCAUUUCUGGUUGAGUGAGCAGUAUGGAUCCUCCGUACCCUGUUAAGGAAGAGUAUCCGGAUCAGUACCAUGCUGGAUCAAGCUCAUCUCCGCCCGGGACGCUAGCGCCGCAGCCAAUGGAAGGGCUACACGACGCGGGCCCUCCGCCCUUCCUGACCAAGACCUUUGACAUGGUGGAUGAUUCCACCACUGAUCACAUUGUUUCUUGGAGCAGAGGAGGUCACAGUUUCGUUGUGUGGGAUCCUCAUGCCUUCUCCACCGCCCUCCUCCCUAGAUUCUUUAAGCACAACAAUUUCUCUAGCUUUGUCCGCCAACUAAACACUUACGGCUUUAGAAAGAUUGAUCCUGAUAAAUGGGAGUUUGCUAAUGAAGCAUUUCUUAGGGGUCAGAAGCACCUACUGCGGAACAUCAGGAGAAGAAAGGCACCUUCGCAGCCUACUUCUCCACAGCAAGCUCUUGGCCCUUGUGUUGAAGUAGGAAGAUUUGGACUUGAUGCAGAAGUGGAUCGAUUGCGGCGGGACAAGCAGGUACUGAUGAUGGAACUCGUUAAACUUAGACAGCAGCAGCAAAGCACAAGAGCACACCUUCAGUCAAUGGAGGUGAGGUUACAGGGCACAGAGAAGAAGCAGCAACACAUGAUGAGUUUCCUAGCAAAAGCUAUGCAGAACCCGGAGUUCAUACAUCAAUUGAUCCAGCAAAAGGAUAAAAGGAAAGAACUUGAAGAAGCCUUUACUAAGAAAAGACCACGUCCAAUUGAUCAAGGGCCUGGAGGCGGAGAAUCCAGCCGAAGCGGUGAAGUUCGAAACCACGUCAAAGCUGAACCUUCAGAAUUUGGAGAUCACUACGGUUACCAAGUGUCUGAACUCGAGGCGUUAGCAUUAGAAAUGCAGGGGUUUGGUAGAGCGGCGAGAAGAGAUCGAGAUGAAGAGCAGGAUGAACUGGAGAAGGAACUUGACGAGGGAUUUUGGGAAGAGUUGUUGAAUGAGGGGUUUGAUGAAGAAGGGGAAACUGGGAAAGAAGGUGGCGGAGAGGAAGACGUGAACGUACUGGCUGAUAGGAUUCCGUUCUGACUGGCUAGCCCAAACGUAGGACGUUGGACAUGUUCUCCGUAAUAAAGAAGUUUGUUGUGUCCAUGACUAGGUAGAUUUUCUCUGGCUAAUCACAUCCAUUCCCGCCCCAUAUAGAUUUGUGCACUUAAUCGCAUGGAUAUCAUUCUGUUGAUUCAUUCAUCCUGUUUUGAUCUGAAUUUCUUGGCAUUGACAGGGCUAAUUAAUGAGCUUGGAAUCCUCCUCCGAGUUCGAAUUCUUGUUUUCGGUGUUCACUUUCUCUAUUUACGAUUGAAUUGCCUGUGUCUCUUCCUCUCUCCCACACUUGUUCACUCCGCCAGUUAUAACCCCUUCCUCUCGUGGAUGGGACAUUUCUUCCUCUUAUUACUCUCUUCAUCUUCGUUUAGGUGCAGGCAGAGCUUGGCAAGAAUUAGCAGCAGUCCAAUUUGUUGAUGUAUCAUCCAAAGGUUAUUGUAGAAUGCCCCUUUUUCUGUUCUAUAUCCUUUUUAACGUCCAUGGUCUUGCGUUGCCCACAACUGUGUUGAAAAAAUCACCUCUGAUUGACUGCUUUUUGUGAUUCUGGUUUUGGCUGUUAGCAUUUUAGAUGGCAAUGAAGAUGCUGAAAUUCUGGAUGUUAGUUGCCCGAUGACUUGCGAAAAUCUCAGCUGAGUACUGGAGUUGCUGGACAUGGUCGCAUCUUUUGUGUCGGUUAGAUUUUAUACUUUUAGCCGACCUCUUUGGCCUUGGUAUGAACUGUGGAAGGACGUAGAUACGGUCCGCUAAAACAACCACGAUGGCUACAUUUGCCCGGUAUCGCAUGUUAGGUUUAUAGUCCACGAAAGUGAAAAGACCUUUUUUUUUUUCUCUUUUUUGUGUUGUAGGGUGGGGGAAUGUGUGUGUGUGUGCAUAAAUUUAAAGACAAGAGAUCAAAAAGAAGUUAUAUAUUCA